UUUUUUUGUUCCUAAAAAUGCAACGAACAAAAAAAAAAGUACAACAAUCCAAACCCAACCAUCUUAAUUGCACGGCAGCUUAACUGGGAGACUUUCUUCCCGGGCGGCCCCACCCGGGACCGCGCCGCUUCAGUCGAGCCCACCGUCUGGGCAAACGGCGUCCACUUCCCGGAGCCGCUGCCCAGCCUCUGCGGGGGGGCUUUGGGCGCGCGCAGAACUCUGGAAGGGAGAAAAGCCCGCAGCCCGGCCCUCCCCGUCCCAGGCGGCCCGCGCGGGUGGACGGCGGGAGCAGGCGGCGGUUGGAGACGCCGGCAGGAACGCAGUCUCACCACCCGGCUCCCUCCGCCAAGUAGCCUCUAGUUCGUUAGUCAAAACGUGAAAAAAAAGACCUGCUUUGCCCUGGGAAAUAGUAACCCUGCCAAAUACAUCAGCUUGUAGGAGACAGAGAAUAACAGCACCUGGCCGGGUGCAGUGGCUCAGGCCUGUAAUCACAGCACUUUGGGAGGCUGAGGUGGGCGGAUCACCUGAGAUCAGGAGCUCCAGACCAGCCUGGCCAAAAUGGAUGUGAUGGAGCUGCUUGAAGAAGAUCUCACGUGCCCUAUUUGUUGUAGUCUGUUUGAUGAUCCACGGGUUUUGCCUUGCUCCCACAACUUCUGCAAAAAAUGCUUAGAAGGUAUCUUAGAAGGGAGUGUGCGGAAUUCCUUGUGGAGACCAGCUCCAUUCAAGUGUCCUACAUGCCGUAAGGAAACUUCAGCUACUGGAAUUAAUAGCCUGCAGGUUAAUUACUCCCUGAAGGGUAUUGUGGAAAAGUAUAACAAGAUCAAGAUCUCUCCCAAAAUGCCAGUAUGCAAAGGACACUUGGGGCAGCCUCUCAACAUUUUCUGCCUGACUGAUAUGCAGCUGAUUUGUGGGAUCUGUGCUACUUGUGGGGAGCACACCAAACAUGUCUUCUGUUCUAUUGAAGAUGCCUAUGCUCAGGAAAGGGAUGCCUUUGAGUCCCUCUUCCAGAGCUUUGAGACCUGGCGUCGGGGAGAUGCUCUUUCCCGCUUGGAUACCUUGGAAACUAGUAAGAGGAAAUCCCUACAGUUACUGACUAAAGAUUCAGAUAAAGUGAAGGAAUUUUUUGAGAAGUUACAACACACACUGGAUCAAAAGAAGAAUGAAAUUCUGUCUGACUUUGAGACCAUGAAACUUGCUGUUAUGCAAGCAUAUGACCCAGAGAUCAACAAACUCAACACCAUCUUGCAGGAGCAACGGAUGGCCUUUAACAUUGCUGAGGCUUUCAAAGAUGUGUCAGAACCCAUUGUAUUUCUGCAACAGAUGCAGGAGUUUAGAGAGAAAAUCAAAGUAAUCAAGGAAACUCCUUUACCUCCCUCUAAUUUGCCUGCAAGCCCUUUAAUGAAGAACUUUGAUACCAGUCAGUGGGAAGACAUAAAACUAGUCGAUGUGGAUAAACUUUCUUUGCCUCAAGACACUGGCACAUUCAUUAGCAAGAUUCCCUGGAGCUUUUAUAAGUUAUUUUUGCUAAUCCUUCUGCUUGGCCUUGUCAUUGUCUUUGGUCCUACCAUGUUCCUAGAAUGGUCAUUAUUUGAUGACCUGGCAACUUGGAAAGACUGUCUUUCAAACUUCAGUUCCUAUCUGACUAAAACAGCCAAUUUCAUAGAACAAUCAGUUUUUUACUGGGAACAGGUGACAGAUGGGUUUUUCAUUUUCAAUGAAAGAUUCAAGAAUUUUACUUUGGUGGUACUGAACAAUGUGGCAGAAUUUGUGUGCAAAUAUAAACUAUUAUAAAAUCUG